AGUAAUGGCGAUGCAGUCAAAGAGGAUAAUAUGUUUCUUAAUCUUAUUCCUGUGUAUUCAGGCGAUAUGGAUUGCCAUUUUACUGCCUUAUUCUUUGGUCAAGCCGGUUCCUGUGUCAAAACUGGUUAAUUGUUCCAACCACGACGAUGGAGUGCCUUCUAGCCUUACAAGGAGAGAAGAUAUUAAAAUAGGAACUAAUCCACCGUGUUAUAAAGUUGUUUAUAUUUGGUUAAAUGAACAUGAUACCUUUCAUGUCAAUCUCAUCUUCAAGCAAGUUGGUCGAUUUUGCUGCCCCGGCCUCUCUUGCGGUGUACAGAUUGAAUAUGGACGAAACUUAUCUAAACUUGCUGCUAGUGAUGUCGUGUUUCUAUUUUACAAGUCCAGCUGGAAUUGGCACGAACUGCUAAACAUAAAGCAUCAAGCAGAAAGGCAGAAAUGGGUUUUCUGGACAUCGGAGAGCCCACGGCACACCAACCAUCGUGUAAUCCCACUGCCAGAGUAUACCAAUACAACGUAUGAUUACAUCAUGACAUAUCGGAAGGGGGCAACUAACAAAGAUGCCUAUCUGUCUGAGGGUGGAUAUGGUCAUUUCAAUAGGAAAACACCCUCGGUCCAAAAGAAUGACACCGGGAACUGGGCGACAGAUAAAACCCGAAUGGUCGCUUGGGUAUCUACCAACUGUUACCCUUCUACGAUGUCCUAUGAUCGUACAGGGUUUGUGAACGCCUUGUCGCGAUAUGUUAGCGUCGACAAGUAUGGCCCAUGCGGUUCGCAGCCUUGCAAGGACUUGGCUACCUGUGGUCUGCAGAAAUACAGGUUUUAUCUAGCCCUCGAAAAUUCAGAAUGUGCUGAUUAUAUCACGGAAAAGUUUUGGUACAAUUCGCUUACUCUGGGUUUGGUACCCAUCGUGUUUGGAGCUCCAAAGGAAGAUUAUCUCAAAGUUGCCCCGCCGAAUUCGUUUAUAUUUGUUCCAGACUUUCCAUCUAUAGCGAAACUUGCAGCUUACUUGGUGGAGCUCAGUGAAAACGAUAACCUGUAUAAUAAGUAUUUUGAAUGGAAGAAGGAAGGGUCUGUGACGUUUCAUAAACAGUUCUCAAACUUGGAACCCCAGAGACUUUGCGACAGUGUUGUUCGUCGGGUUUUAAAAGAUGAGGAAGCUGAGCGUGAUCAAAAGGGAAAUAGAGAAAAGAAACCUUUGGUAAACGACUGGGAUAAAUGGUGGACAAAAUCAUGUACCUAUACUGUCUCUGGAUUUCCAAUUCCCGAUGAAUGAGUGACUUUUUUCAUUCUAAUUGUACGUAGUUAGAUUCGUUAAUUAGCAUAUUCCUUUUUAUUUUAAUAUUUACGUUUAGGAAUUACGUGACGCUACUAUUUGACUUUAUGUAAUUUAUAUCACAUUAUAACUCAUUAGUUUUUGCAAAUAUGAAUUAAUCUGUACACAUCUGUAAAUGCUCUUACGCAUCUUAUGCCAUCUAUCAAGGAAACCAGGUUCUUGGACUUAUUCCUCAAUUGUCUUUCAUCUUUACAAUAGGUUUAAACAAUGUGGUUCAAUUGAUCAAGAAUUGGGAGGAAAAGUAUCGUUUCCAAUUGUUCUCUACAAGUGUUAAGGGAUUGGUGAUCGCAUUUGAAAAAAGAUAGGCAAGAGAAGAAGAAAAUGGGGGGGGGGGCAUCCAAAACUCUGACUUGGCCGAUAUUUUCUGUAGGAUCACGGUUGGAACAAAGUGGAAUGACGCGGAAAUUUGUCUCCAUCUCAUAUACACGGUAUUUAUCUGAACGACACAUGGAAAUAUUCGAACCCUUAAAUGCAUAGGUAUAUAUUAUGAACAAGAUCUUCAUGAAUAUUGUUUUGCUCCUUAGCCAAUCUCUAGAGACUAGAGACUCUGACUUGGCCGAUAUUUUCUGUAGGAUCAUGGUUGGAACAUAGUGGAAUGACGGCAAGCGAAGGCAAGCGAAGACAGGAACUACACUGUAAAAAAAUAAUAGUCGAAAUAACUCAAUAAAAUUGAGGAAAAGAAUUGCCUUAUUUU